AUGGAUUGCUUAAACGAAUUCGACGCGAACCACCUAGCCGCGGAAAGCAAGGGGGAAGAGUACUACAGGGAAAAUAUGGCCACGAGGAGGAAACUAAAAAAUUGCUGCAAACGGUGGAGUGACGAUAAGAACAGCAGAGACUUCCUUGUCAGCCACAAGAACGAAAUUGAUGAAAAUUCUUUUUUUAAAAUUUUAAAAAACACAUGGAACUUACUAUUUUUUAAUGAAGAGAAAAAAGGCAAAUUACUUUAUGGGGAAGGAGACCAACAUAUGUACACUUUGCCAAACUUUUUAAUUAUAGACCCUCUCUCGAGCGGUGUGAUCAGCCCGUUCGACAGUGAUCAGGUUGGGAUGUCGCUCGAAGAGGGGGAGGACAUCGGGUCUGAGUAUGUGCAGGUGGAUAAUGGGGAAGACCGUGUGGCGGACUGCCCACAGGAAGGGGGCAACCAGGACUGCCAAGCGGCUGAAAGAAAUCACAAUGUCCCACUGGAAGGGGAUAAUCAGGACUUCCAAGCGGUUCAGAACAAUGAGGAUGACCCAUUGGAGGGAAAUGACCCAGAUUGCCCACUUGAGGGGGAACCCCCCCAUUGUGCAGCUGGACAAAUCUGGGAUGACGUUCUCGAGGAGGACGAACAUUGGGCCGCAGACCAUCAUGGCUCCCCCGUGAGCGAAGAAAAUUCCCCUAUGGGGAACCUCUCACCGGAUAAAGAAAGCCGCAAAAAAAUGAGAACCUGCAAAAAGAGCAGCAUUAACAAAAAGUACAUUAACAUUUAUCACAAGCAUGAUGAUUUGUACAGUUUCCACGACAAAGAAAUAGACGAUUUUUUAAUUCUGUCUGAUGACGCAACGGGUGUAAGUGAGGCGGAAGAGGAGAACGAACAGAUAAAGGACGACAUACAGAUUGAACUGCCUAGUGAGGAACCAAGUGACAACGGAGUGAGCAGUGGCCAAGGAUGCUCAAUACCCCAGACAGAUACAACUCCAAGUUGCCCCAACCUUGACGUGGAGGACCCCUCAGCAGAAUCCUACAAGGAAGCCGACCCCCCGCAGCCUGAACUGGGAAAUGGAGACACAUAA